AUGCCCAAGCAUGACCCACAAUUCCUUACAAUUUGAUUGCGUCGUGCAUACGACCUAUGGAAGCUAUUUGAGCGCUCGAGGACGAGGGACGGUGAUACUGGGCAUGACGACGUGAAAGUUGUGACCGUGAAGAUGGCUGAUAGUGAUGUUCCUGUGGAAUCCGGAGGCCUGAUUACAAAUUUGUUUUUGGAGAUUGUGCGAAGUCCUAUAAAUAUUUUUCUUGUGGGCGUCAUUACAUUACUUGUUUACAAAAUCAUUAAAAGUCGCCACAGAGAACCUGUUGAAAUACAAGUUGAACCCAAGCUUCCAAAGCUACGAAGAGAUUUUACUGUUGAAGAGCUUAAAAAAUACGACGGGAAUCAAGCUGAUGGCAGAAUUUUAAUCGCCGUUAAUAGCAAUGUAUUUGAUGUCACGGCUGGGAAGCGGUUUUAUGGCCCAGGUGGACCAUAUGCUGCAUUUGCUGGACGUGAUGCGUCAAGGGGAUUGGCAACAUUUUCUGUUGUAAGCGGCGAAGAUGGAUAUGAUGAUCUUAGCGAUCUUAAUUCAAUGGAAAUGGAAUCCGUUCGAGAAUGGGAAAUGCAAUUUAAAGAAAAAUAUGAAUAUGUUGGUCGUUUAUUGAAGCCUGGUGAACAGCCCACAAAUUAUUCAGAUGAAGAGGAGGAAGCGAGUCCUCAGGAGAGUGUGGAUAAACCUAAGGAUGAAUGAUUUAUAAAAUUCUGAUGUGCUGAAUCUACAAUGUCUCUUUCUGAGCUGCUCAGAUCAAAGACUGUUUGUGAUGCUUUGACCAAAUAUACCGUUUGCUUGACCACAUACAUGUAUCAAUUACAUUUUGAUGAUAGAAUAAGAUUGUUCUUUCUCUUCACAGUUUGUCUGUACAAAUUCUGUUGCACUCAUGUUUGUUAAAAAUAAUGUAAUUUGAUUGAUGUUAUUAUUAUUCUUUUAAGAUUUUCUUUUAAUGUGGCAGCUAUUACGGGUGUCAUCAGAAUCAACAAGGGUUUUCAUUACUUUAAGAAUAUUUACAGAUGCAUUCAAUGUGUCAGUGUUUGAGAGAUAUACUUAAUUAAUAUAAGGCUGCUCUGAUAAGAGAUAAAUUAGAUAUUAGGUGGGUAAAUCAUCAUGAUUUUUAUUAAUGUUUUCUAUGUCAAGGUGUGUGUUUCACUCAGGCAUUUAAUAUUCAUUUUAAUGUGUUAUAGACUUCCAUUACUGAUACAAAAAAUAAAUGGGAUAUUUCAGUACAAAUAAGUGGAACAUAAACUGUAUAUUUGGUUAAAUCAUAUGUUAUAUACAAAUAAUGAUCCUGAAAUUUGUGGCCUGUGUGUUGUGAAAUAGAGAACAGCUUCCAUAACAUGCAUCAAGACUUCGAAGGCUAGCUAGACACAACAGUGGUGGACAGCUGAAAGCUUUGAAUGUGAGAAUAUUAUCAAUGUUGCCUACACUGUGUGUUGUGUAUUAGAAUUUCCUUUGUACUAAUUUUUCUGAUUUAAAGGUACAAUAAGGAUAUGGUUGUGGCAUUAAAGUUUCUGCAACCUUCAAAUGACAUCUUGAAAAUCAAUAUUGAAAUAUUUUGAUGAAUAAAUUCGGAUACUUAUUGGUCGUACGUAUAUAAUGUUGUCUUGGUAAGACAACACUGCACUUGCUGUGGGAAUUUACUGCCUAACUCAAAUUCUGUUCUGAGAUUUGCAGUGCAUGCAGUGACCAAUAAUUUUCCAGGAAAUCUGUGCUAAGUUAAAUUAGCAAGAUCUAUUGUUCCUGUAAUUUCAUAGUACAUGGGAUAUUGAUAUAUCAGAUGAUACACUGUGUAUAUUUCCCUCUGAUUAUAGGCAGAUACAUGUUUUUCAGUGUUCUCACUUGUUAAUUUUUUACUUGUUUGCUUGGAAUAUUGCAUGUAAUAGCGUGUAUGCAAGAAACUUGAUUUGCAAUAGUUGGGGCAAUUUAGAUGGGAAAAAAUUAUAGGUACAGAUGUAUCUUGCAAAUUGCAAUUUUUACACAAAUUAAUCUGAGAAAAUGUAAGGUAUGAUUUCAACUUGAGAGGAUGUUAACAACUUUUAUUGAAUUGAGGUCAAAUGUUAGUCUGCAGAAUUUUUCCAAAGUGCAAAUUACAUUCAUAGAGAAAAUGAAAACUUGCAGAGUGUAUGUAGAUAGUUCUCCGUACUUUCAUGAAAUGGAAGACUGAUACAGUUUGUUUGGACCAAUGUUAGGAUGUGAAACUGGUCAAGGGAGCUGUCAGAUUUGACUGUAGAUGGUGGUUCUUGUAAUUAAACUUAUAAAUGUAUGCUCCAAUUUUCUGUUGGUGUUGGAUUGUGUUUACCAGUACUAGUAUGCAAGAGGUUCAGAGCAAACCUACUUUGUGUACAUUUCAAAAAUAAAGCAACCAUAUCAUUUAUAAA